CUAUAUAUGUGAUAUUAUAUUGACUCCAUAUGUAUCCCAUGAUGCAAUGCACUAGAUUUAUUGCACUCCUUGACUUAAUUGUUCAGUUUAUGUCUUUUUAAUGCAAAAUUAGAUAAAAAUGCGAAUAACUGUAUGAAAAUGACUGAAUACAGUGCUUCUCAUAUUAUUAGUAUACGACUAAAACUAAAUUUUGCAGGAAGGCAGAUCUCCAGGAGAAGGAUUGAGCUCUAAUUGAAAACUUUCUUUCCGUAGUACACAAACAGUAUUUUGUGUUUGGUUUUAAACUGAGACGUUGCUCUGAUAUUGAUUGCAGACUUCUUCCAUAACACUUCAAAAUCUUUCUUAAGCUUCUUUUAUUCUGUUUUGUGCUCUCACUGUGCAGAAUGUGGGAAUUACUGCUUAAAUAGUAAGUGCUCAAGUCAGAAUGUCUCUCAUUCAUGUCUGCUGUCUAGUAAGAAUAGCUUUAGUGUAUUUAUUUAAGAUGUAUGCUGCCAUCUAGUGCACGUUACAGAGCUGCGCGCUCUUUGUCUUUUGCUGUAUCAGCUGUCACUGAAUCUAUUGAGAUCCCUCAGUUCACCGGACGCAGUUAUCUGACAUAUGACAACAGAGAUAUCCUCAAAAGGGUAUCAGGUUCCAGAACAAAUAUGUUCAUGCGUUUUAAGAGCACGUCUAAAGAUGGCCUUUUAUUAUGGCGAGGAGACAGUCCAAUGAGAGCCAACAGUGACUAUCUGUCUCUUGGCCUUCAAGAUGGAGCGCUCAUUUUCAGUUACAAUCUUGGUAGUGGAGCUGCCACUUUGGUCAUUAAUGGCACAUUUAGUGAUGGCAGAUGGCACAGAGUGAAAGCUGUCAGAGAUGGACAGUCUGGUAAACUAACCGUCGAUGAUUACGGAGCUAAAACAGGCAGAUCUCCGGGUAAGAUGAGACAGCUGAACAUCAAUGGUGACCUUUACAUUGGUGGGAUGAAGGAGAUCGCGUUGCACACCAACACGCAGUACAUGCGAGGUUUAGUGGGAUGUAUUUCUCAUUUCACUCUCGCCACGGACUACCAUCUGUCUCUGGUGGAUGAUGCAGCUGACGGCAAGAACAUCAACACCUGCACCAACUGAACACGUCAAAUACGCCAGCUACAGAUUGCAAACAUCAGUAACUGCGAUCCAAAAACAACAUCAUCAAAAUAACCACAACAAUAUCAGGAACGCUAACAUCACUGUCCCCAGCUGAGAAGCAACAAAUAUAUUUGCAGUUGCAGCCAAAAUGAAUAUAUGCCCCAUUCAAUCCUUCUAAAUGGUCAUAGUUUUUCAAUAAUAAGCUAUAACAUAAUAAAAGAUCCGAACAUUAACCUACAUGUGAUGAAAAGCAUUUAGCUUGUAACAUUAUAUAUGUGGUGAGAAGAGGAUGAUAGUGUUUUCUUGUGAACUUUCCAUUAUACACUAAUUCCUGCACCAACAGCGAGAGUUGGCGUUGUUUUUGUUUAGCUUCUGCACUGUCUGUGUAAUAACGGAAUGGUUUUCAAAGACUUACAGUAGUUGAAUUACAGUAAAUAUGUUAUAAUAUUUCAUAAGCGAGCAUGCAGAUAUUGGAAGGCAAGACCAGCUCAGAGGUUUUUAGUCCAUCAAGCAACAUUUAAUCUUUUAAAGCAUACUGAAUAGUCACAACUAAACAUAUUUAUACGCCAAACUGUGUAUGUUUUCAAAUCUUCAACCCCUUUUUUUAUGGCACUUCUUGUUUUAUUCUCUUCAAGGGCAAAGGUGAGGGUUCAAAUGUAUUUAUAUUUAUAGUAUUUUUUAUACCAUUAAUUGUGAAUUAGUGUUUACUGAUGAAUUUAUAGAUGAAGAUUGGUUGUGAUGAAUAGCGCAGUAAACAUCUCUCUCUUCUGAGGUAAUGUUUGCACUGUGAGUUUUUAGGCUGCUAGUGGUGGAAGGACAAAGUGAUGUUUUUUUCUUUUUGUAUGAGAGGUUUCUCUUUCACAUAUCUGCCUCUCUUUUCCUUCUAGCUACAAACUUUUAUGAAUCCAAAGACUCUUUUAUAUCUAUUCUAGCUCUUUAUUUUUGUUCAUGUAAGUUAAUGGAUGUCUGCAAAAAUUGCAUAUCUCUUAAUUUUUCUGCCUUGAUGUUUUAAAAGCCUAUCAUUUUGCCAUCAAAAAUGUGACUUACUGAUUUUAUUCAUGAAAUAAAAAGACUG